UUGUCACUCACAGCGAGAAUCUUCGAUCACUAAAGCAUGGGUGCCGAAUCUGAUAUUGUGCUGCUUGCCAUUGUUUCCCUGCUCUCUGCUUGUCAACAUGGGUACUAUGCCAGGCUUGUUGGAAGAUCUAGAAUGAAACAUAAGAUAAUGCCUCCUGCAGUCACUGGGCAUCCAGAGUUUGAGAGGACAUUCCGUGCACAACAGAACUGUAUGGAGUUCUUCCCAAUAUUCCUGGUAGCUCUGUGGACUGCUGGCUUUUUCUUCUUUGAAGAAGUAGCUGCAGCUUUGGGCUUACUUUAUAUAUUUGCACGUCAUCUCUACUUCAAAGGUUAUGUGACAUCUGCUCAGGGUCGGAUCCCUGGAUUUUACCUCAGCCUCUUCUCAUUGUUCCUGUUGAAUGUCUUAUCUGCACUUGGGAUCACAAACACCUUACUCAAAAAAUAUCUGGAUGUGAACAUUGUGAAACAAGUACAUCAUAUGUUCUAACGCUAGUAAUCUAUGGUUCUGUCUUAUGUUUCUUUUACUUCCACUGUGCAGGUUGAGAACAUUUUUACAGUACUUUUUAUAAAAUAAAAAUAACUAAUAAAAACCUGAAAUA